AUGGCUGCAUUGCAGAACAUGGCUGCGGCUUUGCAGGCCACUGUUGAGGCACUCGGGCAGCAGAUGAACAAUCAUAACCAUGAAGGAAAUGGUGGAAAUCGGACUCAAGGUCUAAUGACAUUGGCGACCUUCUUGAAGGUCAAUCCACCAAAAUUUAAGGGUACUACCAAUCCAACCGAGGCCGACACUUGGUUCCAAGCUAUGGAGCAUGCACUGCAAGCGCAGUUGGUGCCUGAGGAACAAUGCGUCGAGUUUGCUACUUAUCUACUUACUCGGGAAGCAUCACAUUGGUGGCAGGGAACCCGGCGUCUCAUACAGCAAGGCAAUGAUCCGAUCACCUGGGAUGCCUUCCAGGAGAAAUUCUACAAGAAGUAUUUCCCGAAUUCUGCCAGGACGGCCAAGGAACUAGAGUUACUGCAGUUGAAGUAG